AACUUUGCAUCGAUCACAUUACCUCCUCUUCUAAGAGACCAACCAACUCCAGUGAUGACUACUACGUUGCUUUCGCCUGGCCGCCUCGGUGUCCGCGCGCUCCAGGCGCUCUGUUCUGUGCUGGCCAUGAUCUUCACUUCGCUUGGUUACAUCAAGUUCACGUCAGGCCAACUGAGCAGCGGAUCGGCCAUCUACACCACGAUCGCCUGCUACUCAGCUAUGCUUUGUGGUCUCUACUACGUCAUUCCGGUUGGCGUGCUCAAGCUGACCUCCAGUGCUCCUAAGGUGCUGUACCAGCGUGUCGUUGACGGUGCUUUGGUGAUCGCACUCCUGGUCGCCGGCAUCGUGCACGCGACGUCCGAUGCGGUCAAGGACUGCUCGUCGUACAACACCAUGUUCGAGACUUACCACGGCUCAGCACUCUUCCGCUGCGGCAACAUGACCACUGCCAUCGUGCUCACGUUCGUGACGUGUGGGCUGUUCCUGGUCACACUCGUGUGGAGCUUCGUGCGUGACUCGUGCAAGUCGGUGAACGGCGACAACCUGCAGACUGCUCUGACUGAUGACAACGGCUACGCGAUCGCCAGCACUCCUGGCAAGAAGAACGGGCCAUCCAGUGCGUCGGCUACGGUGGAUUUGGACGCGCAACACCCGGGACUGAAGAUCGUUCGCUGCACCGGCCGUACGCUCCAGUUCGCGUGCUCCGUGGUAGCACUGGUGUGCAUUGUGCUGGGCUACAAGCACUACUACACGGGCCAAUACAUCGAACCCAAGGCGACGUACGCCAUCCUCAUGGCUUACAGCGGUGUGCUAUACUCACUGUGGCACAUGGUGGCGGUCGAGACGCUCAAGCUGUCGCGCCACCCGGCCGUGGGCGUCGAGCGCUUCAUGGACGCGCUGGUUGCGGUGGGUCUCCUGGUUGCUGGUAUUCUCUUCGCCACAUCCGCGCAGGUCUCGGAUUGCUCGACGACUAACGCGUCCUUCGCGACCUACCAUGGCUCGACACUGUUCCGCUGCGGCAGCAUGAACACGGGCUACAUCUUCACCUUCAUCGCUGUGGCUCUGUACCUCGUGACGUUCGCACUGAGCUUUCUGUACCGCUCCACCUCGGCUUCGAAUGACGCGGACAGCAACCACUCGGGCGAGACGCACGCUUCGGACGCGGGCCAGCAGGUGUAAGACGGAUCGGGCAAGUUAAAGUGCGGAACAAGUGGGUCUUCCGGCUGCUACGCUUGAUCACUGUGUCGGAUAUUGAGUCAGCAUGAGUAGUGUUCACAGUAGCUUGCUUCAGUGUAUGCAGGCUAGUGUUGUCCUCACGCAGAGAAAAUAUACAAACAAGAGUCCCGUGAUGUCAUGAAAAUGUUCCAAAAGAUAUGAUGAAC